AUGUUUGGUUAUAUUAAGCAAUUAAAUGAUAGCGAAAAAGAAUGUAAAUAUGAAAAGAAAUGUGAUCAAUGUUCGAAAUAUUCCACAAAGUGGCGUUGGCAUAUUGUAAAGCAUCGUUGGGCGACAAAUGCGAUGAAAAUUCUUCCAAAAUCUGCAUCUGACUUAUUUGGCUUACGAAUUUAUCAAAAAGCUUAUUAUAAUUUAAUUUAA